ACGGCGCUCCAGCCGUCCAGAUUGGGUCUUACUCCACAAUUCGGCGCGCAUCUUCGGACACCGGAACGCGACCACCGCCGAGUGCCGCACCAUGGAGGGCCAACCCAUCCAGGUCUCCUUCUGGCUCGUCGACCCGCCGGGAGUCUCCUACUUCUCCGUCCACUGCCCCGGCCUCGACGCCAAGGACUUCGCCGUAGAGCCCUACGUCACCUGCGCCGACGCCUCCCUCGUCCUCUUCUCCGUCGACUUUACCCCCCUUCCUGGCCGGACAUUCAGAGACCCUGGCCGGAGAUGCACCCACCGCUUCGUCUACAGAGCCGGCCCUGGGAAGCCGUCUCUGCACCUCAUUCCGGACCCGGACAUCGGCAGACCAAACGGUGUAUAUGCCCUCUUGCCCUGUGGCGAUGCCAGCAGCGAGCACUAUGCCGUCGUCUUCCUGCAUAGGAGAUCGAACCACCGUGACAUGGCUAGGUAUUAUGACCUACACCUCUUCUCGUCCCUGACGCGGGCAUGGAGCAGCAAGGUCGACUUGCCGGGCUUAUCAGAAGAUGAUCAGAAACUGCUAGCUAAAGCUAGUCAUGCCACCUCCAAGGUGAUCAAGGUCGGAGCAAGCUCCCUGGGCUUUGUUGACCUCUCCUGGGGUAUUCUUCUUGUUCGCGACGUCUUCAGCGACUGCCCUGUCAUCAAGUACAUCCCCUUGCCCGCAUCAAGGGUUUGCAACAUGGAUCACAAAGGCUACCCUUACAUUGUCCCGGAAUACUGUUGUGAUGUCUCUGGCUGCAACAACUUGAUCAAGUUCGUCGAGGUAGAGUUUGACGACCGUGAUCGCAGAAGCUUGGGCAAUCAAGGUUGGAAAGCCACCAUAUGGAGUAGAGACAUAGAUGGGGACGAUUGGCAUGUGGGCUCAUCACUUAAUGUUGCCAACAUCUCUGUUGACCCAAGUUAUUCUGAUUUACUGCCCGAGCUCUGGAAUGACAAGACCAAAGAACUAGAACUCAAGAAACUGGUUUUCUAUACCCCCACGCUGAGCAAGGAGGACGACGAUUUCCUUUACGUGCUGUGUAAGUUGAAUUGUGAAGACGUCAAGGCCUGGGUCAUCAGUGUUGACAUGAAACAUAUGGCUGUGGAAGCAAUCGCGCCGUGUUCCAUCGAGGGUCACACUCUUGGUGCAUGGCACUAUCCAUGUGCCUUCCCUAAGUACCUGGAGCUGAUCCCAGAGGAUGACGUGACCCAGAGCUUUAAGAGGAUUAGUACGGCGGACUGUGUUCUGCAAGUGAUGUUGACUCAAGACUGGUUUAUGGAACUUGAUAAAUGCUUGGAAUCUGAGGGGGCAACUUACGAUGAGUGCAGACCUUUACUCCACUCUCGGCCAGUAUCAUCUCUGCUUUUGGAUAUCCAAGAAGUGGUGAAAGAUGCAUCUGAUUAUGGUGAAAGUGAAACCACCUCAAAAGCUGCCGAUGUUUGUUCACGAGCCUUAGAAGAUUUCGACGUGCAACUGAAGUCUCCAAGUGACCCAUUGUUAUGUACCGAAGCACUGAGGAGCAGAAUAAGUGUUGCCCUUGGAGCAUUAGACAGUUUUCUGCGCACUGUGCCGGCAACCGUGAGGGUGCUUGCAGAUGCCUGCCACGAGGAAAGACGGAGAGCUAAAUCUGAACUUUGUCAUAAGCCAGGUCAGAUGAUGCCAGGCCAUACCACGGACAUGUCUUAUGGUUGGUUGCAUGAGAGGACCAAGCAAAAUAACUAUGAGGGGAAUAAGCAGAACCAGUUGUCAUGUUGCCUUGUGGAACAAGUGGCGGUUCCAGAUGGCCACCAACUCAGACAGUCGAAAAAACCUUCGUAUUUGCUUAUGAUAUUUUGGCUCCUCUCGGCUUACUUACUGACACCGGUCGUUCUGAAAUUGCUAGGUCAUCACCCUGCUGUACAAUAAAGUCCCUGUCUUUUCACGUUUCUUUGAUUUCUGUGCAUGAUAGAGGUGGCCCGAGCUCUGGACUUUGGUCUUCACAUCUGAUGAACAAGAUAGCAUGUGGUGAUGCUUGCCUUUCGAAGCUCUCAAAUGUAAUAAUUAUUAGUUGAGAGACCGAACUUUAAGCAUAAUAGCAUAUGACUGUUGUAUAUAAGAUAGAGUUGAUACUUUGUUGUAUAUAUACGAUACAGUUGAUACUUUGCAGUAUCCCGUCGCAAUGUGGUACAACGAGUAUACUCCUCCCCA